CCCUGCUGACGUGAGCAUGGUGGGAGCUCGAGGGGUAGAGUCCACCAGACAGCUGCUGGAGCGUGUCAGAUACAUGGAGCGGGAGCUCCCCAGCGGAGCGGCCCCUGAGGUGGAGCAGGUGCGCGAGGCCUACGAGAAGGCCUUCUGGUUUGUCAACGAGGGGCUGAGUGCGGACGAGGAGGGACGGAAGGAUGAUGCCCGGGGCCACUACCGGCAGGGCCUGGGGCACCUGCUCCGCGGCCUCAGCAUACCCAUAGCGCCCGGGCCCGAGCAGGAUCUGGCACGGCAGAUGCAGCAGAAGAUGCGGGAGAUGCUGCAGAACGUGCGUGGCCGUCUGGAGAUCCUGGACAAGGGGCUGGCGGCCUCGCUGCGCCAGGAGCUACAUGAUGUGCCCCGCCUCUACCCCCAGUUCCCCCCCAAGGAGGCCCCGCCCCCGCCCUUUGCGGAUGCCCCUGAGGCCAGCGCAGCUGAGGAGGCAGGCGCAGUGGCUGGGGCCUCCCCUCCAUCGGCCAGCCGGCCUGCCGAGGCGCCUCCGGCCUACACGCCCCAGGCGGCCGAGGGCCACCAGACAGUGUCCUACGGCACGGACUCGGGCGAGUUCUCUUCCCUGGGGGAGAACUUCUACGGGAACCACUCCCAGCCACCGCCCCUGGAGAGCCUGGGGCUGGACGCCGACGAGCUGAUCCUUAUCCCCAGCGGGGUCCAGAUCUUCUUUGUCAACCCUGCUGGGGAGGUCAGCGCGCCCUCCUACCCCGGCUACCUGCGCAUCGUCCGCUUCCUGGACAGCUCGCUGGACACCGUGCUCCGCCGCCCACCUGGCUUCCUCCAGGCCAACUGGAACCGGGCGGAGAGCGGCGAGGACGAGUUUCAGAUCCCUGGGAGAGCCAGGCCGUCUUCAGGCAGUGGCGCACGGCCACUGGGCCCGGGUGCUCGGGAUGUGCGCCCGAAAGGGAAGCGAGGAAAGCAGGCUAAGGAUGGUGCCAGUGAGGAAAUCAACCUGGGCCACAUGGUCCCCUGUGAGCCGGCGUCCGCCGAGAAAUCCAAGGAGGUGCCUGAGUGGAGCGAGAAGGUGGCUCAGAACAUUCUGUCAGGUGCCUCCUGGGUAAGCUGGGGCUUAGUCAAAGGUGCGGAGUUCACGGGCAGAGCCAUCCAGAAGGGCGCCUCCAAGCUGCGGGAGCGGAUCCAGCCCGAGGAGAAGCCGGUGGAAGUCAGCCCAGCCGUGACCAAGGGCCUCCACAUUGCCAAGCAGGCCAGCGGGGGCGCUGCCAAAGUCAGCCAGUUCCUGGUGGAUGGUGUCUGCUCCGUGGCGAACUGUGUCGGGAAGGAGCUGGCUCCCCACGUCAAGAAGCAUGGGAGCAAGUUGGUCCCCGAGUCUCUGAGGAGGGACAGUGACGGGAAGUCGCCCCUGGAUGGCGCCCUGGUGGUGGCAGCGAGCAGCGUGCAAGGGUUCUCCACCGUCUGGCAGGGGCUGGAGUGUGCGGCCAAGUGCAUUGUCAGCAACGUGUCCGCGGAGACCGUGCAGACCGUCCGCUACAAGUACGGGCACCCCGCUGGGGAGGCCACGCAUGAUGCCGUGGACUCUGCAGUCAACGUGGGCGUGACGGCCUUCAACAUCAACAACAUGGGCAUCAAAGCCAUGGUGAAGAAGACAGCCAAGCAGACAGGGCACACCAUCCUGGAUGAGUACAAGAUCGCCGAUAACGCCCAGGGGAAAGCUCUGGAAGGAGCCGGAGCCAGUGUGAACGGGGCUGGGCAGGGGGAGGAGCCGCUGGAGGGGACAUCCGAGGAGAAGGAGCUAGAACCGAAGAAAGAGAAGGAGAAGAAGAAGAAAGAGAAGUGAUGGGUAGGGGGGUCAGCUACCCCAACUCCACAACUCAAGCCUUACAGUGAGUGCAGUGUGUUCAACAGGCGAAUGUGAAUGUUUUCAGAGGAAGCAGUAUUUUUAUAUAUAUAUAUAUCCAUCCCUCUGGCCCUGCCCUACUCUCUAGGGAAGAGAGGGGGACACAGUGUAUUCUUGGUAGCUUUAUUGUUUCCCCUUCCUAUGCGUGGCUAAACUAUUUUUGCAAACAAAAUAACACUAAUGGUGCGUGUUCUUACAAACCUCAUUAAUCUAAUGUUAGCCUAGUUUUGUACCUGCCAUCUUUCAGAAAGCCAGAAGUAGGGCUUCUCUGUUCCCAGGGAGAUUGGCACUUGUAACCUCCGUUUUAUUUAUACUGGAAAAGAAUGGCUGAGGAUGGUGUCUCCUCUUUUUCAUUCAUUGUGUUUUUGUUUUAUUUUAAGGUGCUUGCCUGUCAGUUUUCAGUGUGUCAGCAACAGUGUUACUACUAUAGCAUUUUCACACCCAGCUCAUCACAGGCAGCAGACGGGCAGUGGGAAGCAGAUGAAAUUUGAAAACAAAUUUCGUCAGUCAAUGGGAUGAUAGCCCUUUUGAUUAAAAACUAUCAGUGGAUCUUUAAGCAUUUUGUUUCAAGAUUUUUACUGUAGGCCUUUCAGGAGCUUUUGGAACUUUAGGAGUGUGAUUGACAGGUUUCUAUAGAAAAAUUCAAUGUGAUCAUCACGAGCUUCAUUGGACCAAAGAGUGUUAGAACAAGUCAUUUUACCGUUCCUGUUUCUGUAGGUGUGUCCAACGGCCUAAAGCUUUGUAAACGGAAAGGGAAUUGUUUGCUGACAUUUUAAAGAGUCCAGGAAUUGUUUUCUGAAGCAGAGGUGCAUUUGUAAUGCAGAUAAAGAACAUGAAGGAACACUGGCCCAGUCGGUCCCUGGCCACUGGGCCUUCUAGGUUUCCCUGUGGCAGAAGAUAGGCGUUUGAUACAACCACAAGCUGUAAUAACGGGAGAAGACACCUAAGGCACUGUGAUUUUUUCAUUGCUUCUAAAAGAUGGAGACUGGUUUCCACAGCUGUACUCUGUUAUAACUUUUCCUGAAUUCUUGACUUUAUUUGAAACUGUCUGCAGAGUGCACCUUGUGAAUAAAAGCAGCUUUCUCCAAGUC